GGAACGAGGGAGGGGUGAAGGAGGGAGCAUAAGAUCGAGGGGAAUUGGAAACCCUGUUCCCACUUCAAUUAGGACCAGGCAGAACGGUGAGCAGACAGUAGUCGGAUUCACGCUUCUGCCCUCCACUCGUUUACACCCAGCAACCACCUCAUCCCAUCCCUUAUUCUCUCUGUAUGUCCAUCCCUAGGCAGCGAUACACACACACACACACACACACACACACACACACACACACACACACACACACACACACACACACACACACACACACACACACACACACACACACACACACACACACACACACACACACACAGGCGGUGAUCAAAGCCACCGAAUCCAAGGCAUGUGCGACAGUGUCCGUUGAGAUGAAGAGCUGAGUUCAAAACGACAGAAGAAUGAAAAUGCUCCGGUUUCGCAGCCCAAGCAUCCGCUCGUUGGACCAGGAAACCCUCUGCACGAUUCGGUUACUGGACGACUCUGAGAUCUCAUGCAGCAUCCAGAGGGACACUAAGGGACAGUUCCUCCUGGACCAUGUGUGCAACCACUACAACCUCCUGGAGAAAGACUACUUUGGCAUCCGAUAUGUGGAUCCUGAGAAGCAGAGGCACUGGUUGGAUCCCAGCAAGCCUGUGGUGAGACAGAUGAAGGCUCAACAGCCCUACAUGAUGUGCUUUCGAGUCAAGUUCUAUCCCAACGAGCCAAUGAAGAUCAAGGAAGAGCUCACCAGGUAUCUCCUGUACCUCCAGUUAAAGAGAGACGUCUAUCACGGCCGUCUCCUCUGUCCAUUUGCAGACGCUGCCUAUUUGGGAGCCUGUAUCAUACAGGCGGAACUAGGGGAUUACGACCCAGACGAACACCCUUCCGACUAUAUCCGGGACUUCAAACUUUUCCCUAAACAAUCCCUGAAACUGGAGCGGAAGAUCAUAGAGAUACACAAGAAUGAGCUCAGGGGCCAGUCAGCGGCCUUAGCUGAGCUCAACAUGGUCCAAAGGGCUCACACUCUGGAGACAUACGGGGUUGACCCUCACCCAUGCAAGGACUUCACAGGCUCCACCGCCUUCCUUGGGUUCACAGCCACAGGGUUCGUGGUCUUCCAGGGCAACAAAAGGAUCCACCUCCUCAAAUGGGCCGAUGUGAGCAAGCUGAAGUUUGAGGGGAAGACCUUCUACGUCAUCGGCAUUCAAAAGGAGAUCUCCUUAACAGGCAGGAUUCACUGUAACACAAUGAAGAAGCUGGUGUUGACGUUUCAUACCUCAACCCCUGCAGCGUGCAAGCACUUAUGGAAGUGUGGGGUGGAGAACCAAGCCUUUUACAAGUGUGCUAAGUCCAGUCAGAUAAAGACGGUGUCCAGUAGCAACAUCUUCUUUAAGGGAAGCAGGUACCGAUACAGUGGCCGUGUAGCAAAGGAGGUGAUCGAGGCCAGCUCUAAGAUACAGAGAGACCCUCCAACAGUGCGUAGAGCCCAGUUUGGCCAGAGUAGAAGUUACAACUCUUUGAGCCACAAGAACCUCAUCAUGAACAUGGAGCCUCUGGUUCCUGCGCUGCCCUCCACCAACGAGUACGAGGAGACGGCCACAGACAAUGUUUCUUAUUUCCUUUCCCUGUUCUGCUCCAUCCUCCCUCUCUCCCCAGGGGUGGUGGCCCUGAAGGAGGCGGUCCAUCUCUCCCAGCUGGAGGCUCCGCCCACAGAGGCGGAGCUAUGUGACCCCGGCCCGGUGAACGCCCCGGCCGGCGGCGAUGUUUCCCCGGCGGCGGCGGCGGCGGCGGCCCGGGUUUUCACGGAAACCUCAAACGGACGGCCACAGACUUCCAAGCCAGAGCUGGACGAGGAGGAGGAGGAGGAGGAGGAGUCGUCGAACGAAGCGCUGACCAUCUCCGAGCUCGUCUACAGCCCCUGUGCCAGCAUGCUGCCCACGCCGGUGGAGGACCACCAGGGGGGGGUGGACCUGCUGUUCUCCUCCCCGGUGCAGAGCCCCGCCUGGCUGCUGAGGGAGCUCCACGCCGACCCCGACAUCCAGGCCCAGCUGGAGGCGGAGAGGGAGCGCGACCGCGCCUACGAGCGCGUCCGCCAGGCGGGGAGGAGCCGGGUGGGCGGAGUCCUGAGCAGCGGGCUCCGCCUCCUCUCGUCCAACGAGCGGGCCAACGCCUGCCUGCUCAGCGUGGCCCGCUUCGUCGCCGUGGUGACGGGCGUCCUGCUGGUCGUCGUGCCGACGCUGCUGCUGCUCCUGGAGUCCGACAUCGACGUUUCGUUCCUCCGCGAGAUCCGGCAGACGCCAGAGUUUCAGCAGUUCCACUACGAGUACUACUGUCCGCUGAGACGCUGGGUUCUCUGCAAGAUCGGCAAGGCCUUGGAGAAACUCUGGUCGGACUAAGAGAGAGCAGAGGCCUUGGCGAAGCUCUGGUCGGACUGAGAGACUGAGGGGUCUGGAGAAGCUCUGGUCGGACUGAGAGACUGAGGGGUCUGGAGAAGCUCUGGUAAGAUUGAGACACUGAGGGGUUUGGAGAAGCUCUGGUAAGAUUGAGACACUGAGGGUUUUGGAGAAGCUCUGGUCGGACUCAGAGACUGAAUGACACAGAGGAAAGAUGGGGAGAUGGGGGAGGAAAGGUGUGGAGGCAUUGCUGAAAAACAAAAGUGGGUCUUUGGUUUUAUAAUCUUGUUUUAUUAAGAGAUAUCUACAGUGAAGGAGGUUGGAAUUAAUUUGAUUCAAUUAAUUUGACAAUAAAGAUUAUAAGCCCAAAUACAGGAUACAGUCAAAAGUCAAGUGUAAACUUUUUCCUAGUAACGAAGUGGCACAGAAGGGGUGGAGCAAGUCUGAGAGAGGAAGAUAUUAAGGGGAGACCUAUUGACAGGAUGAUGAAUACGACAACAAAAACAAUGACAAAAGAGGACAGUAAGGAUAUAGAAAAUUAGAUAUAACAAAAGAGGACAGUAAGGAUAUAGAAAAUUUGAUAUAGCAAAAGAGGACAGUAAGGAUAUAGAAAAUUUGUUGUUUAAAGUGUGUCCACUCCUGACUCGAAAAAGGCUUUUGGUGUGAUGCUUCGGUUGGCUGCCUGAGUGAUCAGAAUCCCACACUGAAACGUCUUGUUAGAAGAAGAUGUCCAAUUGGUCCCCAGAAGAUGUCACUCAUGCAGGAGAAGGAGGCGGGAACAGAAGUGACAGAUAAUUGAUUUGAGUGGAUCCCUAAAACACUGGCUGUAACAAUAGUGACAGUAAAUACACAGAGUAUACAUCUGUAUAUUUACAAAACAAAAAUAAUACCGGUGAUGACAAUACCAAUGUUUGAGGAGUUGUUUUUAAUAUUUUGUAACUUUUUAUGUGAUCCAAAUGUUUCAGGAUUUUUUCAGUCAGAGGAAAUACUUUGAUCUUAUUUUCGCCUUAAGAGUUUACAAAAGAUAAAACAAAAAAAAAUGAAGAAUUUUACCGGGAAAGGGUUGUGGAGAAAAUUUUAACUAUAUUUUAAUACUACCAUCAGCAUGAGUAAAAUUGGUAGCGCCCUGGGAUUUUCCUACCGAAAGUCAUAGCACAACUAUUUUACACUGACCACAAAUGUCAACUGUUUCAGAUUAUUUGAUGUCAUAGGAAGUGUAAGAGUGUAAGAGGAAGAGGUGAGAGACGUUUAGGAUGAUUGCGAUGAUGAAACUUGUUUUAUUAAACACUGAUGGGGAUGGCCCACUAUGGCUAAGAAGAACCUUAUUAAAUCUGUAAUAGGAUUUUAAGCGAAGGAGAAUGAAUUAACUCAAAUGUGUUAUAUGAAAAAAAGAAAAGUCACUGUUGUUUGUUCAUGUUGAUGACUUCAACGAGUAACCCAACCCAUGUGUAACUCAAAAUGGUUCCCAUUCCCAUCACAGCAUGCUCGAAAAUCAACAUUUAAGGAGGUGAUCUAUAGGCUGACAUCAAAUACAAAAGAGGUCCGGUACGUGAAAAAUGAAACUAUUUACUUUGAAAUAAGUUUAGUCUAAGUUUCAAAAGACUAUUAGUCACUUUCCCAAAACACGUUCCUAAUUUUCUUUUCGAAUAAUUAUUUUUAUUUAUUUUUAUCUUGGGCAUUAUCAAAAGACAACCAUAACCCCUUAAAUUAACAGUAACAGGUUACUAACAAUAACCAAAAUCGAAAUGAAAGGCUCCAGACUUUAUUAUCAAACUGAUAACCAACACUCAGAAACCUCCUCAAUAUUCAAAACCAUCUAAAAACUUGGUAUGCAGCUUGAUGAAGCACGGUUUAUGUAUACAGCGCCUAUUUACUAUCUUAUAAUGUGCAUCGAUGGGAAUGCUGAAAGUCAUUAGUUAAUUUUGAAUUAUCUUCUCAGGAAAGUAAAGUAUCUAGCCGUAUAUAUUGAAGUGCAAGCAAGUUGUACAGCCACUUCAGUAAGCAUGAACUGUGCAGCAAAAUCUGCAAAAAAAUACCACCUCAAAUUAUGACCAAAUAAUAAUAAUCGAACAUUCAUUAUAAAAUAAUGAAACAUGAAAAACUUCGAAAGAAUAUAUAAUUUAUUAUAAGUUUCACUAAUUGCAGUCAUGCUUCUUAGACAGGUUACUAACACAAUUAAAAAAAAUUAUCAACAUUUUUCCAACAUUUUCAUACACCUGAAGGCGAAUAAUUAAAAUAUUGUCUGUGGUUCAGAAAUCAUCAAGAAAUGUUGUUAAACUGCAACAUUAAUUUAUUGUUUGCAAGUGAUAUUAUCCUUUUACUUUCAUUAAUUGCUCUUGGUCUUUUUGAGACGAAUGUCAUUAUUGUGCUCAUUGCCAUUGAAAUCCUCUCAAAAUAAUUUAAAUUCAAUAUCAAUCUAAUAUUGCUGCAUCAUAUUUCUAUAAACCAAAAUAUGUACCGUAUUAACCAUUGUGUGUUGUCAUUUAAAUUGACUGACUUUAUGCAUUAUUCAGCUUGAUACAUAACCAAAUAUGCAGUUGAAAACAAAAACUAUUGAGGGAGAAAUCAACUAUUUUCCUAUUCUAAUACAUGCACUGCAUUCUGUUGCUUAAACCAAGGGCCAAACCACUAUGAUAACCACAACAAAUACUACUUCUCAGAACUAUCCAGCCGUCAGAGAGCUCUGAGGUGUUCCACAGCUUCACCCCUGGGCAAAGCUGACCCGUAUGCACUGAUCUAUACCAUGAUACCACGCCACCUGUGUGCACUAAUGUAGGGUGAGAUGCGUCACCAAGACCUUGCUGUAAACCCUGUCUCCGUCUCUGACCGCACCAUCAACCCUCUUCUGCUAGAAUAGACUACGUGCAUGUCCACAACAUGCAAGAGUGGUUUUGUGUGUGGAAACAUGCUUAAUUUACACUGCUGUAUAAAUAUAAUGUGUGUUCUCUGGCUCUUUGGUUCUGUUACUGUAGCUCCAUACCGUAGGCUACCUUUGGUUUUUGACAUGGGGGGCGGGGAUGACCAUUUAUCGCACCGUUUGAGCAACAGCAGAUUUUUUUUAACACAGACCGCAUGUCCAUGUAUGUAAAUAAGAUGUUUAAAGCUGUGGCACAAAAAAACAACAAACCGAAAAACAAGUGAUGAUGUCGUUCUUUGUUCCCCCUGCGGUUUUUCUUGUCCCAUGCCUAGCUUUGCCAUUCUGAUCAGUGCAUGUUCUCUAUGUUUAUUAUCGAGUAGAGAAACGAAAGGAAACACUCCAUUUUAAGCUAACAUGGACAAAUGGUAGCUUUACUUGACUGAAUUUCAAUUUAAUUCUUUUUUUUUUUUUUUUCUUUAAGGCCUUUAUUAUUUAAUAACUACUGUAGUGUCUGAUAACAUUAUUGAAUUACAAAUAUAUUUGAAAUAAUAAUUUGGUAAGUAAUACAAGUAUUAAUUCAUAAAGAAGUACAAAUUCUAAACAAAAUGCAUCAAUGUCCCACAAUGGUAUUAUUUAGAAAACAUGUAUUGUCUAAAAAACCUGAAUCUUUUAAAUAAUUUCUUGGGAAUGGACUGAACAGAUUACAUUGCAGUUUACACCAUCUUUAAUUAAAGCAAACAUCCAAACAAAAGGCUGUUCAAUCCUACUCUUGACUGAGAUUUGUGGUCCAAUGGCAUUGUAGCAUCAAUUUAGCUUAUAGCCUCUGACUUUUAAAGAGGAUUUUAAACCCUUUGCAUUUGCAUAUUUUGCUUUCUGUGUUGACUUAGAUAUACUGUGAUUUAAAAAAAAGAAUCAGAUCACUCACAAGUUGAUGUCAUAAUAGCAAACUCAGAGUGUCAAGACACAAGUCAAAUAUUUAAAAACUAAAUUAUGAUUACAUCAAGAAAAUUGUAACCGAACCCAGGGUCAAGACAAUGUUUAAAUAGGCUAAAGUGCUGUUUUAAUUAUUUUACUUAACUAGAUUUUAAAUAUUUGUGCUCAGGUCUAUGAUAUGCAAAAUGAUAUCAAAUUUCACAUGGUCUACAAUGAAUUGAAGAUGUUUUAAUGGAUUAUUUGAGUGUUGUAUGGGCAUGUCAAGUAGCAUAUUUUUCGCACGCUUUUAGCACUGUUGUUUUACCGGAACCUUGUCGUUUGUUUUAUUAAUUCAGUCAAAAAGAAACUCUGGGAGAAACUUUCAGAUCAAUGAAGCAUAAAAAAGGAUGAAUCAGUGAAAACAAGCACGUUUUCCAGAGGUGUAAGCCACCGGACCCCUCUUCCUUCCCCCUCCCCUGUCGGGACAACCAAGCCUUAUUAACUUUGUAAAAGUGAAAAUGUUGUAUGUUUGUUUGUUAUCAAAGACAACAACAUGGGUUGUUUUCUAUGUUAAUACUGCCACAAUAAAGCCCCUGACGAAUAUAGAUUCAGA